CAUUUAAAAAUUGAAUUAAGUUUGGCAGUCUCAAUUUAAAGGAGAAACAAAACGCCAUGGAGAAAGUGUGAAAUCAGAAUACCUAACUGCAACAAACAUGUUUGGUUCGACCGGAAUCGUUUCCAAUAUCGCUCUCCGCCUCCGUGAAAACCUAUCGUUUCGUGGUGUGGCGGUGCGGAAUAUCAACAUUGGUGGCGGUCUUGGAGGAGAGAUUCCAGAUAACAAGCGUCUCGAGUACGCUCUUCAGCACAUUCACGGGAUUGGUCGAUCCAAAGCUCAUCACAUUGUGUGUGAGCUUGGUGUUGAUAACAAGUAUGUCAAGGAUCUCAGCAAACGAGAACUCUUUUCCCUUCGUGAAUUGCUUGCCAAGUACUUGAUUGGAAAUGAUUUGAAAAAGUUAGUUCAGAGAGAUGUGGUUAGGUUGGUGGGCAUUCAGUGUUACAGAGGGAUUAGGCACGCCGACGCCUUACCCUGUCGAGGGCAGCGAACUCAUACGAAUGCUAGAACCAGGAAGGCUAUGCGUACUUAUUCAGGGACAAGAUAAGUGAUGUGCUGCUCAACUAACUCUUGAGAUUGAUGCUUAGUUUGAGCCUAAUCGAAUAAGUUUUGUUUAACACUAGUUAUUUUGAUGAUUGAGAGCCAUUGCAGCAUUGAGUUUCACAUUUUCAAUUGCCUGUUGUUCGUUUAUCUUUGCUUUGCAACAAUUAACAAUACUGGUUUUUGUUUUUGUUUUUGUCUCGUCCAGUUGGUCUUAUUUUUCUUGUUGACAAGUUUCUUGUCGUUGCUGAUUA